CUGGGAGCCCGGCAGCGUCGCACGCCGGGAGCGCACGCUCCCCACUGCGGGCGGCACGAGCGCCGGGCCCCCAGCCCCGGAGUUGCCCAACAAGCUGGGUGACUCCUCCCCAAAGACCCUCCCCUCGGGGGCGCGUCAUCUCCCAACCCCUGGGUCCAGACCCCGGCGGCUUCUCGUGCGCGAACUACGCCGCGGACAAGUCACGGCCACCUGUCCGGAGCCCGGGAGCCUUGGCCCCGUCCGCCCGCGCUUCGGUCGGUGCGCCCAGGGCCCAUGGAGCUGCGGGUCAGCAACGCCAGCUGCGAGAACGGCUCCCUGAUCAACCUCUACUGUUCCUCCCAGCAAGUCGUGUGCCAGAUCGUAGGUAACCUUGGCCCUGAGGCACCCAACAAUGCCACCUCCAUCAGCUGGCAGGAGAGGUUCAGGCGGAACUAUGGCUUCUACAUCGGCCUGUUCCUGGCAUUCCUGUCCUGCUUCCUCAUCGGCAGCAGCGUCAUCCUCAAGAAGAAAGGCCUUCUGCGACUCGUGGCCACAGGGGCCACUCGGGCUGUGGACGGAGGCUAUGGCUACCUGAAGGAUACAAUGUGGUGGGCUGGAUUCCUCACCAUGGCUGCUGGAGAGGUUGCCAACUUCGGGGCCUAUGCCUUCGCACCUGCGACAGUCGUCACACCUCUGGGGGCACUGAGUGUCCUCAUAAGUGCCAUCCUCUCCUCCUACUUUCUGGGAGAGACCCUGAAUCUGCUGGGCAAGCUGGGCUGUGUGAUUUGUGUGGCCGGCAGCACGGUGAUGGUGAUACAUGCUCCUGAGGAGGAGAAGAUCACCACCGUCAUGGAGAUGGCUUCCAAGAUGAAAGACACAGGGUUCAUCGUGUUUGCUGUGCUUAUGCUGGUGUUCUGCCUCAUCCUCAUCUUUGUCAUCGCCCCGCGUUACGGGCAAAGGAAUAUCCUCAUUUACAUCAUCAUUUGCUCUGUGAUUGGGUCCUUCUCCGUGUCCGCUGUCAAGGGUCUGGGCAUCACCAUUAAGAACUUCUUCCAGGGGUUGCCAGUUGUGCGGCACCCCCUCCCUUACAUCCUGUCCCUCAUCCUGGCGCUUUCCCUCAGCACUCAGGUCAACUUCCUCAACAAGGCACUGGACGUUUUCAAUACCUCCCUGGUGUUCCCCAUCUACUACGUGUUCUUCACCACGGUGGUGGUUACCACUUCCAUCAUCCUCUUCAAGGAGUGGCACAGCAUGUCGACUGUGGACGUCCUGGGCACCAUCUCUGGCUUUGUCACCAUCAUCCUGGGUGUGUUCAUGCUUCAUGCUUUCAAAGACCUGGGCAUCAGCUGGGCCAGCUUGCCUCGCAUGCACAAAAACCCUCCCUCAACUCCUACGCCGGAGCCUACUGUCAUUAGCCUGCAAGACAAAAGUGUCCUUGUGGACAAUAUAGAACUUACCAGUACCCCAUCACCAGAAGAGAAGCCCAAAGUAUUUACAAUCCGUUCUUAACGCUUGGAAUGCGUGAGCGAGAAGGAUGAGCCUGUCAGUACAACCUGACCGCUCAAUUUAGAAAGCACCAGGUGGUUUUCAGCACAACCAGCUGGUUAUCAACAGGCUCUCGUUUCUUGAGAUGUUCAUUUAUACCUCAUCUCUGUUUCCGGGAGAAAGAUCUCUACCCAGAGAGUGGUGGUGGCAGAACUUUCUGGAAACAGCCUCAGUGACCAAAUACUCUAGUUUACGUUGGUGCCAGCAGGUCCCCUGGGCCUCCUUUCUCACUUGUUCCCUCAGUGCCAUCUCUCUGCUGCUGGGAAGAUGAUAGAAGAAUUUGACCCAUUGAAUGUAGCACAGUCUAAGAGCUUCCCUGAGGUUAGUCAUCGGGAAAUCUUUCAUAACAGUUCUUCUGAGAUGGAAUUGCCAUUUCUUAGCCCAAGAAUGAAAAAGAGCUGGCUUCCAGAGGCUCUGAGAGCAGUUGGCCAUGCCUUCCGCCCAGAGCUGACAGGGACACCACCACCAUAAAAAUGUCCUGUUGCUUUUGCCACUUCCCCUUCAGACAGAAGCAAGACCUCCUCUGACCUUUUUACUGUGAAAGCCACCUGAUGUCUCAGGGAAAAAUUUUAACCAGCCAUUCCCCGAGCAGCCCAGCCUGGUGCUCAGCCUCUCAGUGUCCACCCAGUGCAUUCCACCCCCUGCCCUCUUCACACACUUCCUAAGGGGUCAGUCCCUGAGACACACAGGCAGUAUGUAUGUGUCUUUGGAUUCAAAACAAAACAAAAGAUGCCGCAAAGCUAAGCACUGCUGGCCAAACCCAGUGUUCCAUUCUGCCUUACUGUGGAAAAAGAAUAGCAAUUGCACUGUUCUGGAAAGUGUCCGGCUGUUGAGCUAGAUUGGGCAGAAUGCACUUGACUUUUUCUCAAGGAGUCAGUCAAAAUAUGAUUUGAGGAGGUGGGGAGAAGGAUGAAGAGCAAAGCUGGGAUUAAGCAGAAAGCAGUCACAGCUCUCUGGAAACCAGGUACUAACUUUUGUGUUCACUCUGGUGCUUAGCAAGGAGCUUAGGAGGAAGGGUCCUGGGGUAGCUUCUGCUACCUUAAAGCCUUGGCCAGUAGGAUUGGCUUUAAAUCUCCAUGGCCAAGUGCAGACUGGCACAGGCACAAUCUGGAUGUUGACUUUACAUUGCCUCUGGGUCUCCAACUCCCCUGAUGAGCUACUUAUGCUGGGACAGCAUACCAUGAUUGCCUACAAUACCACCUGCCAUGGGCACUGCUGCUAGUCCCCUCACAUUUUGCCAGAGGGCCCCCCAAAACCAGAGGAGCUGGGGGAGAUGUGAUGGAUCUCCCUUCCCUUUCUGUCUUGUACCAGGUGCAUGAGUGUGCCAUGGCACAAGGACCAUGAGAAAGGGAAGUUAGGGGGCAGUGUAUCUGGAAAGAGAGAAGAUUGGGUCCUCAGCCCCACGUUGGUGCAGAGCCUCCCCUACUGUGCCCUGUGUUAACAUCCCUUGCCCUAGGUGUAGCCAAGCCCAGGCAAACUGUGGCUGACCUUGGAGCUCGAAGGCUCAGCCAACCACCAGACUGACUCCCUCCACCUCCAGCCUCCAAUCCUGAGAUUUAUAAUGAAUGUGGAUUUCUGUCGGUAACUAAAAUCAAUGCAACAUGUUGGCUUUUGAGAACUGAGAGUGUGGCCCUGAGAGCAUGGUCUGCAGGGUCAAGAAUAAAGACUUCAGAGUGCAUUUACUUGA